CGGCAAUUAGAAUACCACAGUAAAGGAAAAGGGAAUAGUUUUACGACAAAGUCGACGAAUGUUUUUCAAAUGGUAAAGCCGAUCGCUUUUCGGGGCAUCGAUGAGCUUUGCAAAAAACUCAUAGCAUGUAAAUCCAAUAACGCUCUAGUUGGUAAAGUUAUUGGGGAUGGGAUUCGGAAGCGUGUGGUGGAUGCCGAUUCCCUUCCUCUCAUUAUGCAAAGGCUUUCCACUACUCACUCGGAGUGGGCGUUGGCGCUCGAGGUAUUAGCGAGCGACCGGCUAGAUCAACAUGGGAUCAGGCGGGAUGAUAAUAUCUGGAAAAUAAUAGAAUCAGGCGUCCCGAAGGGAGGGGAAAGUGAAGCUUCGGUGAUUGCAUCGCUUCGGAAGAUUUACGGAAAGAAAGUUGCGUCUCUGAAACGCUCUGACAAGGUAAAAUAAUUGGUUAUCUUUGCGGUUGUCUUGCGUUAAAGGAUAAGUUAUAAUCUAGGAAUUCUGGAAAUGAGAUGAUAUGAUUGAUGAAAAAUUGAAAGAAGAUAAUGUGAAUUGUAUUUAAAAGCAUCUUAUCUUCAUUAAAUGAAGCACAUCAGAUCA